UAUGUUUCCUUCUUCGUUGUGAAAGCAAAAAAAAAAAAACAAAAAUGUCGCGAUUAGCUUUAACUCGUUAUAGCCGUUGUUGUCUCUCGCGCCUUCUUAAGCCAUUGACGCCUCCGUUGUUCUAUUCCUCUGCUGCGUCGAAUCGAGAUGACGGAUGUCAGACCGGGCCGCCACCGAUCAGAGUCGGACUCACUGAGCCAGCGGGUCGUGCUGUUUUCGCAACGCGUAGAAUCAGUGCUGGAGAUCUCAUACACACGGCGAAGCCCGUCGUAGCUUGUCCUUCUCUUGUUUCCCUCGACUCUGUUUGUUAUCUUUGCCUUAAGAAACUCAUGGGUUCUGAGAAAGUUCAAGAUCGUGGAGUCUCGUAUUGUAGUCAAGAGUGCCAAGAGAACUCAAAGGGUUUUGUUGAUGUUGAAACCAGAGCAGAUUGGUCAAGCUUUGUUGAUUGUUGUAGGACGCACAACUUCAAGUACCCGCUUAUGGUCAAGAGGUUGUCUUGUAUGAUAAUAUCAGGUGCUCUGCCUGCUGACUGUCUUGACAUACUUCAGCCAGCUGCUUUAUCUUCUGCGAUGAUUUCAAAGAUAGAAGACGGUUAUGGUUUGUUAUGGAAUGCCUUCAGGAAGGCAGAUUUUAAGGAUGAAGAUGUUGCUUUUUUAACAAAACAGUGGUAUACGGCUAUACUCGCCCGGAUUCGCAUCAAUGCAUUUCGUAUUGAUCUGGUUGGAGGCUCAUGUGGCGAAGACCUUCUUUCACUGGCUGCAGCUUCUGUUGAAUGUGAAGGUGCAGUUGGCCAUGCCGUUUAUAUGCUACCGUCCUUCUACAAUCAUGACUGUGAUCCCAACGCGCACAUAAUAUGGUUGCGGAAUGCAGAUGCAAGGUUAAGCACUCUACGCGAUGUUGAAGAAGGUGAAGAGCUUCGGAUAUGUUAUAUAGAUGCAAGCAUGAGAUAUGAGGCGCGACAAACAAUACUCUCUCAAGGGUUUGGCUUCCUUUGCAACUGCUUACGCUGCCAGUCCGGUGACUGAUUAACUCUUCCCCAUCUUCACUUUUCAUAUAUUUUAUGUAAUAUAAGUGAGAAGACGAUAAAUAAAAAAAUGUGACGAAAGUAAUUUUAAAUAUAAAAACAAACUCUCAAUGGUUUCCUGGAAUUUUAUGGUACAUUAGAGUAGCUUAAGCUGUUUAUUCUUUGGUUGAGGCAACCGGAGGCGAUCUCAACCGGAGGCGACUCGGUCGUGUGAGCAACUAACUAAUACUCUGGUUCACGACCAAUGUUCUUUCCUCAUGGUCGACCACGUUCACCCAAUUGAUAAUAAAAUAGGAAAACGAAGAGACACAUUACUCUUUCUCAACAUUAAUGAAACUUUUUUUUAACCAGAUCGUACUUGAUAGUAGACGAAAAGCAAAAUCCAACCUAAAAAGAAGAAUCGUGCAGGUGAGG